CCAUCAGCGCUGACACGAUGACAGAAAUGGGCUCGGCUGUGCGGUUAUGGUUGCUCGGCCUGCUCCUGUGCCUGCAGCUCGGCAGGGCUCCGGCCCGCAGCCCCCGCACGGCGGACCAGGUGUCUGAAGCCGACAUCCAGCGGCUCUUGCACGGCGUCAUGGAGCAGCUGGGCAUCGCUCGGCCCAGGGUGGAAUAUCCCGCACAUCAGGCCACCAACAUCGUCGGGCCUCAGAGCAUUCAGGGCGGUGCUCACGAGGGGCUGCAGCACCUCGGCCCCUUUGGCAACAUCCCCAACAUUGUGGCUGAGCUGACAGGCGACAACGUUCCCAAAGACUUCAGCGAGGACCACGGAUACCCGGACCCUCCAAACCCCUGCCCCGUGGGAAAGACGGCAGCAGACGGCUGUUUGGAAAACGCUCCGGACACAGCCGAGUUCAGCAGAGAGUUUCAAAAACACCAGCACCUCUUUGACCCCGAGCAUGACUACCCUGCCCUGGCGAAGUGGAACAAGGAGCUUUUGUACCAAAAACUGAAGGGAGGACCAAAAAGAAGAAAAAGGAGCGUCAACCCGUAUUUGAUGGGCCAGCGGCUGGACAACGUGGUCGCCAAAAAAUCUGUUCCUCACUUUUCUGAGGAAGAGGAGGAAGUGGCACCGACCGUCUCUGCUGCCAGCAAAUCCACCACCUAAACUCCUGCACCUGCAGCAUUCACUGUAAUAUUAAAGUACACACCGAUUAAAGGUUUUAACACAACAUAUUUAAGCAUUAUGGUGAACAGUACAUAGAGAAAAUAUUUUGUCAUACGCUUUUAUUUUAUUGAAAACACAUUAAUUAGCCCAGAUCUUCACUUAUUAGGCACAAUGUGUUGUAUAUGUGAUGCCCUUAUCUUUAACAUAUGGGCUUCAUUGGUAGACCUUUACACUGCACCUGCCUUCAAUAAAGCAUUGCAAUCCGAGAGCUCGGUCCAUGGAUGCUAAAUUGUAGGGAGUGGUUGCCGUUAUGUGACACUCGAUCUGUCAUCACAGGGAAAAAAUUUCAGCUCGUGACAUAGAAAAUACAAAAUCUCAACACAAAACGAUCAAUUGAAAAAGCAUCAUUAACAGCAAGGUUUGAGUUUGUGUGUUUGAUUUCUUCUGAUAGCUUCUGUUUCGAGAGGAAAAAAAUCCCUCCCAAAGCAUGUCAAAAUAUAUAUGAGCACUAACCAUUAAAGUGGAUGUAUGUGAAUGGAAUAUUCAUGCUCAAGGAAAUUUAUACGGGGGGAAAUUGAUUCUCAGUUCACUUAUAUCAGCUAAUUUUAUGUAGAACAGUCACAUGAGAUUCAACCAUUUAACCCAAAAUGCUAAAAUACGAUGUGUUUAAAACUUUACGGGCAGUGUACAAUAUAUCUACGACUGUAUUUUAAGAAGCUGUAUAAAGAUAUAUUGAAUUGGAGGAAUGUUGAAUCAGAGAGUAAUUAUGACUCAUGACUGUACAGAUUUACUCACAGGUUUAAUUUUUGUAUGUCUUGAUAUAAACAGUUCUGUGUCUUGAAGCAAAGAUCAUAUUCUAAAUUGUUGUUGCUUUGCAUUGUCAUGUGAAGGAUCACUGUCACUGU